GUUUGUGGAAUGGGCGCAAAACUCGUUGUCUGUCAGUCUGUUUACCUCACACUCCUGGAAAGAGAAGCUGGAGCAGUAACGCUAGUGUCGACAACUAUCUAACAGUUUAAUGAACUGUAACCACACGAAAUGACCACCGUUCACUUGUCUUAUUUCGUCUGGUUUCUGUGCCUCGAGCAAUGCUGAAGAAACUGGCCGCCGCCGCUGCUUGAACCGAGCUCCCCACAGCUAGCAAGCUAACACUCGCGAGCUCCGCCUCUUUCACAACAAUGUCUUGUCUUCCACGAAAUAACUUGAAGGAGCAGCUGGCGAGGCACAACAAUGCUGCUCAAAGCAAGUUGUCUCUGGCUAAACCCAAACCGGGGGCCUUUUCUUUCAAAAAGAAGUCCUCGUCGGGUACAACCAAGGUGGAAGUCCCAAACAAGGUAAACAGCUCUAAUUUUUUGGAAAACCGGAAUGUCAAUGUCCCUCAGAUCAAUUUGGUGACUAAAUCUUCUUUGACAUUUCCAAACAAGCUUGAGAGACCUCAAAUAUCCCCAAUCCACAACUUCUUCUCUGCAAGUUCAAAAGGCAAGUCGGACUCCAUCAGCCCAGAAGGCAAUUGUGCUGGCCAGACUCCUUCAGCAGUGUCUGCUAUUAAGGUGACAACAGCUGCAACUAAAUCUGACAACCAGUUUACUAGUGGCAAUGGAGGCAAUUCCACAAGUCUGGAUGCAUCUCUUGGAUUCCCGAUGGAUGACUGGGAUGAUUUGGAUGACUUUGAAACUCCUGUCAAAAAUGACUCAUUUAGCUCAAAAAUAUCUGGGAAGAGCACCAAUCCAGUAUCAUCUUUUAGUGAAGAAAAAGUACAAGAACCUAGUUUGAAUAAGGAGUUUGAACCCGAAGUUUCUCCACUAAAACCGACCAGAAGACGUCCUCCUUGCCAUCUGAAUUCCGUCAUAAGUGAUAGUGAAGAGGACAACGAUGAUGUGCUUGAGCCUUUUAAAGGAAAGACGGAUGACAAGAAAAAAUGGCUUGACUCGAAGAUAAUAAAGCUUGAUGACAACUCAGAGCCUGAAGAUGAUCUUGAUUACAUUCCCCCAUCUCCCAUCCCGGAUGAGAUAGCUUAUACUACUUCUAUAUUGGAGACCAGAUCUAAAUCAGCUGAUGCUAAAAGCAGACUCAGUCCUGUCCAAUCAAAGGGACCCAUCACCACACUACAUGGAUCCUCUGAUAACCACUCAAAAGAAAAAACAAAUGAGCAACUCUUCAGUAUUAUGCAGUCCAUUUGUUCUCUGGUUGAUUCCAUCCCUGAACAUGAAGUUAUAGCUCUGUCCUGUGGAAGUGAGCUUUUGCUGAAUAGGGCUCAAAGGAAGAGGAUUCUUGCAACUGGUGGUUGCAAUUCCUUGAGGAUGCAGCAGCCAGACAGCCCUUUGAUUUCUGUAUCCAGCUUUAAAGGAAAAUCUUCUUUUAGCUGUGAUACGUCUAGUGUUAUGUCAUCAAGCAGCUCUGUGCCUGUGGACUCCAAGAAGCCUCCUCAGAUCAGGAGAUCUUCAGUCAUCUCUGUGGACUAUGAUUCUGAUCACUCAGACAGUAUUAUUAACACAAAGUCCUCACAUAAUAGGAACAGCGGGACACAAUAUGUGACAAGUCAGAGCAUCUCUGACUCUCCAUCAACCCACAGUCGAACAGAUCCAUCUUUUAACUUCUCAAGGAAAACGAGCACAGACCUAGAUGGUUCAGAGCUCUUCUCAUCCAAGAAGCCAGAAACUGUUUUUCAGAACAAAUCUAAUACUCCAGCAGCCAGUAACACAACAGAAGACAUAGAACUAGAUGACUUUUACAGUGACUACUUUGACAUAGAUGACUUUAAUGCCUCAGAUAUCCCCGAUUACUUUGACGAACCCCCAAACUCCAGCACUGUGACUAAAAAAGUGAAAGAAGGGGGAUCAAGCAAGUCUCCAUGGGAGAAUAAGCCAACAACGCCUGCGCCCAAGCCUGCAAAGAUCUGCUCUCCUGAACCCACCUUCAGAAACCCAGCCCACGAUCGCUUCAGAGGGUUCAACUUCCCCCACUCACAGGAGAUGAUGAAGAUUUUCCACAAGCGUUUCGGUCUUCAUCAAUUCAGGUUCAAUCAACUUGAAGCAAUUAAUGCAACGAUUCUGGCAGAAGAUACGUUUGUUUUGAUGCCCACAGGUGGGGGUAAAAGCCUGUGCUACCAGCUGCCUGCCUGCGUGUCACCAGGAGUCACUGUGGUCAUCUCCCCACUCAAAUCUCUCAUUGUAGACCAGGUCCAGAAACUUACUACACUGGAUAUUCCAGCAAUAAGCCUCUCUGGGAGUAAAAGUGACAGCGAAGCAGGGAGGAUUUAUAUGCAGCUCUCUAGGAAAGACCCUAUCAUUAAACUUCUCUAUGUCACUCCUGAAAAGGUGAGUGCAAGUAACAAGCUGAUCUCCGCCCUGCAGAACCUGUACGAGCGAGGCCUUUUGGUGCGCUUUGUCAUAGAUGAGGCCCAUUGUGUCAGUCAGUGGGGUCACGAUUUCCGUCCAGACUACAAGAAGUUGCAUGAACUGCGUCAGAAGUUCCCCAACGUGCCGAUGAUGGCCCUGACAGCCACCGCCACCCCCCGUGUUCAGAAAGACAUCCUCAACCAGCUGAAUAUGACACGGCCGCAGGUGUUCACCAUGAGCUUCAACAGAACAAACCUGAAGUACGCUGUCCUGCCCAAGAAACCCAAAAAGGUUGACGAGGACUGCAUUGACUGGAUCAAGAAGCAUUACCCACGUGACUCUGGCAUCAUUUACUGCCUGUCCCGUAAUGACUGUGAUGCCAUGGCGGAGAGUCUCCAGAGAUCACGGAUAUUAGCUCUGUCGUAUCACGCAGGUCUGAGGGACGAUGACAGAGAACUCGUGCAGACCAAGUGGAUCAACCAGGACGGCUGCCAGGUCAUCUGUGCCACCAUAGCUUUCGGCAUGGGCAUUGACAAGCCUGAUGUGCGUUAUGUGAUUCACGCCAGUCUGCCUAAAUCAGUGGAGGGUUACUACCAAGAGUCUGGGAGAGCUGGCAGAGAUGGAGAUAUCUCUCACUGUAUUCUCUUCUACUCCUACUCUGACGUCCACCGCAUCAAGAGGAUCAUCAGCAUGGACAGAGAAGGUGACCGACACACCAAAGGGACUCAUUUCACCAACCUGCACAGCAUGGUGCACUUCUGUGAGAACAUGAUGGAGUGCAGGAGAAUUCAGCUACUUGCAUACUUUGGGGAGCUGAAUUUCAACAAAAGCUUCUGUAAGGAACACGCAGACGUCAGCUGUGACAACUGUGCCAAACCCAACCAAUACAAGAUGAGAAAUGUCACUGAAGAUGUGAAGAAGAUUGUGAGGUUCGUUCAGGAGAACUGCGAGAAAGUUGGAUCGAGGUUUGGCAGGACUGCUCAGCAAAACCGACUGACACUGAAUAUGUUGGUGGAUAUCUUUGUAGGGUCUAAAUCUGCCAAGGUUCAGACUGGAAUGUUUGGAAUGGGAGGAGCCUAUUCUCGGCAUAAUGCUGACCGUCUCUUCAAAAAACUGGUUCUGGACAACGUCCUGGAGGAGGAUCUCUACAUCACCGUUAACAACCAAGCUGUGUCGUAUAUCUCUGCUGGACCCAAAGCCCAGAACGUGCUGUCUGGACACAUGCAGAUCGAGUUCUAUGAGACCGAGAGUGCGUCUAGCGUCAGGAAACAGAAAGCUGCUGUGGGCAAGAACGUCUCCGCGAGAGAGGAGAAGGUUCAGGAGUGUCUAAAGGAGCUGACAGAUCUGUGCAAGCAGCUGGGGAAAGCGUUUGGCAUUCACUAUUUCAACAUCUUCUCUACUGCGACCUUGAAAAAGAUAGCUGAGAAGCUUUCUUCUGACCCCGAAGUCCUCCUACAAAUUGAUGGUGUGACGGAAGACAAACUGGAGAAGUAUGGAGCUGAAGUCAUUCAGGUCCUAGAUAAAUACUCUGAGUGGCAGCUGCCUGAGGAACAGACGGACACCGCUGGAGACGGGUGGAUAGACACGGCACAAGGCCGCUCAUAUGGAGAUAACGAGGACGACACAGAGUCCUCCACGUACUUCCAUAGUCAGUCCGCACAGGGACAGAAGAGAAAGAAGGCUCCGUUCUUCAAAUAUUCCAAAAAGAGAAAAAGUGGCAACUCUAAAGGUCGUGGCUACAGCAGCAAUAAAUCGUGGUCAUCGUCCAGCUCCAGAGGCGGAUCAAAUGCUGCAGGCCGUGGGUCCAGGAGCUCAACGGGAGAUGCAUCAGCGAGCAGGAGACCGGGCUUCAUGAGUGUCCCGGCCCCUCAAACCAACCAGCGACCUUUCUUAAAGCCGGCCUUUUCUCACCUGGGCUAGGACCGUCUUCUAGGAUGCUUUGUCACUACACUUUCAAACCAGAUGUCAGUAAUGGUUGUAAAGUAUUGCCCAGUUAUAUUCCAACUGUUUAUUAUAACUUCUAAAAUUGUAUAUUUUUGUUCUGUACAGUUAUUGUUAUGUCUGUUCAUUUCUUAUAUUGGUUGUUGCAAAUUGUCCAUUUUGAUGGAGAUCUUUUUUUUAAUAUAUAUAUAUUAAAGACUAAUUAAACAUU